AUGGCCCUCCACGACCUUGCUCGCCGCCAAGACACUACCAUCACGGCCCACCACCUCCUCCUGGGCCACCACCACACCACCAUCACCACGGACCCGGUGGCCCAGGGUUUGGCGGCGGUCCACACGGCGGUCCACACGGUGGUCCCGGAGGUCCCGGAGGACCCGGAGGACCCGGUGGACCUGGGCAUCAUGGAGGUCCGUGGUGAAAUCGGGGCGUGA